GUGAAGUUGUUAUGAACCUGAGGGAAAUUUCUACCACUGAGAGAUGAACAUCAGUUUAAGUAACACAACGCAACAACUGUAAGAGUUGAGGUGGAAUUUGUCUUACCAUGAUGCCAGGAGACAGCCAGUCCAAGACGCUCGCAGUCGGGGCGGACGCCACGGUUGGAAACUGUCAAAACUGUUGUGUUCUGCAUCAGAGCCUGACCGAGUAUGUCUCCUCAUUUCUGGCUCUGAAACAGAAGAUAACAGUUUCAGAUGACACAAUCAGGCUUCAACAGCAGCUGGAGGAGCUGCAGAUCAAAUUGGUCACUCUGGAGAAAAAGACUGCAGGUUAUGAAUCUUUGCAAGCUGAACUGGAAAAAAAUAAGAGUGCUCUUCAGGACUGUGGACAGAUGUCAGAAGAGAUGGAAAAAUUGAAGCAGGAGAACAGCAAGACAAUGACAGAGAAAAAGAAGCUUGAGGACCAGCUAAAGGAUGUGGAAGAACUGAUGGAAACGCAGUCACUUGAAAGUGCACAGCUGAAGAGGGAAAAGGCCAUAGUAGAAAAUGACUUGCUGAAAACACAGACAUCCUUGAGGAAAUCUGAGGCACAAGCAAGUCAAGUUGAACAAUUAAUAGAGGAGAAAGCCAAAACAACAAGCAUAAAGGAACACCUUGCAAGUAAAGUUAGGCAGCUUGAAGAAUCAGUUUCCAAACAGAAUCAUCAAAUAACCCAACUGACCAAAGACAAGAGCCUGCUGGAGAAACACAUUGAUGACAUGCAGGCAAGACUGAUUAAACUGGAGAGAGAAAGGAAUAAAGAAUAUCGCAGUGCAUCAACUCAAGCAAGACCACCCGAGGAGCAUAAAGUUGACAAAGAGAAGUUUCGCAUGCUUCUGGAGAACUUAUGGGUAUGUGUGGAACCUCAGCAGCGGCAGUCGGCAAACCUUCUGCACUUACCUGAAUCUAGCUCCAAUUGCAAGGAAGUUAUGUCCUCUCCACGAAACAGACUCUCUCAUUUGACUGACUCAUCCCAGUCUGUGUCUCACAGGAUGAGUGAAUCCCAAAGUCAACAGAUACAGACAAAAGCAACUUGUACACAGUUAAAACCCUCUCCUCGUACACAGAAGUCCAUCAAGCAACAGGCAUCUUCACAAUUUAAAAGUGACAAGAAGCAAACAGACACUCCCACAAAGGGCAAGCGAGUUUCCAAGAAACACAAAACUGGGGAGUCAUCCACAUGCAGGAACAGCCCCGACAUACCUGUUGAGGAGAUACUGGAAUUGUUUAAGCCACUUUUUGCCUGCAUAUCACCACUACCAGAUUUGGACCCUGAGAUGGAGUCUAUGGAAACAGAAGAUGGUGAAAAGGAAACCCCUUCCAGACCUUCUGAUGACUCUCUUCCUCCUCAACAAGAAGAGUCUGAACUCAUCACAACAUCAAGCCAUUGCCUAAAUGCUUCUACAUUACCAGGAAAGGAAAAUGAAGAUUUGCCAGUGGUCACAACACAGGAAAUGGAACAGAGUUCCAGUGAAAAUGACUCCAAAGACUUGGGACAUAAUGAGUUGAGUGUCAUUACUGAUGCUACUGAUAACAACGUAAUGAAGGACAUAAUACAUGGUACAGAUAGUGAAGAAAUUAAUCUUCAAAAAGACAUGCAGACUGAGCAGGAGCCAGCAACUUUGCAAUUUGUAUCUGCAUCAUUAAGUGCUGCAAGUCAGGAGCCGAGCAUCAAUGUCAGUCCCAGUAGCAGUACCAAUGAAGAUUCAGAAAAAGUAUCACUGGAACAUGCUCAAGGAGAGGCGAGCAAAGAUCAGUCGGCAAAUAUUGUACCAAUUUAUGUAGACACAACCUCUUCUGAUAUCACUGGUGCCAAAAUAAUCAACCCUGAUGGAGGAGAAUCACUCGGAGCAAGUGAUAACUCUGUAGUCUCUGAAGCUGCAUUAGAUGUACAGACAGUUACUUCCUCAAAAUGUAUAGACAAUGAGCAGGACAGCAAGGUUACAAAUGAUGAAAAUGACUCAGAAAAAGGAAAAACUAACCAGGACUCAAGUGGUUUAGGAUUGGGGAGUCAUGAUACCACAGUCUUGAAGCCCCAGGAGAAGGAAGGAUCUCUUUGCAAGGACUCAGAAAUGCCAGAAGAUAACCCCUGUUUGUCAAGCAGUGACAUCAUCAGUAGUGUGUCCAAUAAAAAUCUCGAAGAGAGAAAUGAAAGCGAUACAUCCAUAAACCCUCUCGGGGAAGAAAUUGGAAUUGAAGCACAACGAACUGAUACAGUCGAUGUAACCACUUCUCCCUGUGAUUCUAAUGGUGGCGUUAGACCUCCAUCACCUCAUAAUUCUUCAUUGUUGAAGAUGGAUGAUGCAGAUGAGGCCCAGCAGCGUUCUGGUCAUGCAAAUGAUGAAACUUCUUUAAUAAAAGAUGUUCACUCAGAGACAUUGAGCAGUGAGAUCACAGCAGAUCAUGGACCUUCUCUUUCUAACACAGAGACUAUUAACUGUGAAUCCUUUAAAGAAGACACACAUUCUCUGUGCAGGCGGUUGAGUCCAUUGUGUUUGUUACCCUCUAUAAAACUGCAGGCUUUGGAUACUCACCAAAACCAAAAAAAAGUGAACAUUGGCAUAAACAGUGAACACCUUUCUACAGAUGAGAAAACUACACAGCCUGAGAAAGAUGGUGUUGUAAAAAUGGCUACUUUCGAAGAGUCGCCUCAAAACAAAGUAAAUACAAGUGACAAGAUAGUGGGCAAAUCUUGUGUUCGGCAAACUGUCAGUCAUACUAACUCAUUCAAACAAAGCGCAGCUACCACAAGCAAACAAGACAAAUGUUUGAAGUCAUUUACAGAAGCACUUGAAAAACAAAGCCCAGAUAUGAUGAAAGAAGGGGCCUCCCCAGCUAGCCCACUGACAAAUGCUUCUGCAGAAACAACCAUCCAGCUAUCAGAUGCCAUCGGCCAAUUUCGCUGUGACAUCGGCCCUCCGCUCCCUCCUCUCCUAACCCCUCUGAGCACACCUCCAAAGCUGGGCAAACCAAUCAAUCCAAGGCAGGCUAUUGGGAAGCUUUUAUUUCCUUCGCCUCUGGAUAGAUUGGCUUCUCCUACCACUCCUGUCCAGACUUACUCAACACCCAACGGUCGGCUAGUGAGUUCCUCAUCCCUCAACAGUCCACUCCCUCCAAACGGAGUCCCCUCAUCACCCCUUCAGUUUGGCUCUGCCACCCCGAAACACGCUGUGCCAGUCCCCGGUCGCCUGCCCAUGACAGCAAUGAAUUCCUCUCCUUCCUCUGCCUCCAGUCCAUCUCAGGAAAACUCCAUGAGGAUUCUGGACACCAUGUACCCAGAGCUCUCUGCCCGCGCCCGAACUCUGAGCAUUCUCAGAGGGAACGUCAGCCUCAGCAUUUGUUCUUCAGAAACUGGGACAUUAACUACAGCAACCGACAGUCAGAUGUCCGGUUUUAAAACGAUCAAUUCCACUUCAACAGCCUUCACCAAGACUGAGACGAGGGGAGAAAAGAGACAAGCCAGCAAUUUGCCUCAACCUAAAAGCAGCAAAUGUCUCAGGAUGGAUAGCUGCUCUCCUGUUGUUAGCCGGAAGCAGGUGCCUUCCUCCUCCUCAAACAGUGGAGAUGAGAUUGCCUCACCCCAGACUCCGAGUGUCGAACUGCUCAAAAAUGAGAUCACUUGUCCAUUCAUGGAAGGUGAAGAACCCACAGAGCAAAAUCUAAUCGUUAACUUUUUUAAGAGAAUUGAAAACCAGGCCUUUGAUCUGUUGCCUGUGAUCAAGAGCCACCUGUAUGUCGGAAACCUGCCCAAAAAGCCUGUCCUGAGAGAUGAGGAGAAGGAGGUCAUCUCUGAGAUUUGUCAAAGCAACGUGCUCAAGGCAGAUGAUAUGAUGUUGGCAAUCCUGAACAAACUAAAAGCAGAGAAAAGAGACCUCAACAGAAACUACAUGCAUGCCCUCUGCAGAGUCUACACAGCAAUCUGCCGACAGAACAAAGACUGGGAGAAGGCUCAUGUCCUGGCUUACAGCAUUCUCACAGAAGAUUUCCCAGACUGUGCUAAACUGAUUUUGUUUAUGGUGACAACAUGGCCCAGUGUGCUGUCAAGCAGAAAUUGUCUGUGCCAGGCAGUACAUGCUGUCACCAGACAGAAAGCACCAGAAGAUGUCUUCAACUGCCUUUCAGCAUUCCUUGGUUGGGAGAAGAGUCCUCCCUGUGACAUCGACCAGCUGAUCUCCAGAACACUGUCUGAGAUCCGGUCAGGGUCAGGCCUGUCUUUCACAAAACACAGCCGGUACGGGGACGACCUGGGGCCUGAGGCUUGGGAAUGUGUCUUCACACUGCACCUCCUUUGUACACAAAAGACAUGGAAGUGGACCUAUGAACACUUGUUGGGCAAAGACUUGUGGCCAAUAAUGAACACAUGGGUGACACAGCCGAGAGACCAACAAGCCCCCGUCUCUGAUGUGACUGUUGCCACCGUCCUCAGGCUCAUAGCACGCCUUGGUCAACUGGGAAUCAAAGAGAGGUGUGUCUCCUCCGUGGUAACUGUUGCCAACGUCAUCAACACGUUCGGUAGACACGGACAGAGUGAAGGAGUGCCAUGGGAGGUCCAAUUAGCAGCAGUGUACUGCAUCUAUGAACUGUCUCCCUGCAAUCCCAAACAAGCACUGGAAGCACUUGCAGGGUGGAGAGGAGACACAUCUCAGAGUGCCCCCCCUGCUGUCACCAGCUGCAUUAACCAGUUAGCUUCCGUGUGCAGGCAGGUCAAAAGCUGAGAGAGAUGCACACACUGCACACAUACAUGUGGAUGUCAAGAUUCCAGUCUGCACUUAUUGUAAAGACAGGCUGAAUGUAAAUCUUCCAAAAACUUGAUUUUACAUAUGAGCUGUUUACCAUUUGUUUGUGAUUGGUCAACGACAGUUUCAGACUCUUUAGACUGUUGCAUUUUUGUUUUUCAUGCACUUGUACUCUAAAAUGAGCAUGUAAUGUAAAUUUCAGAUAUGUUCAUUCUAUUUUGUAUCAAAUGUUUCCUCAAUUUUUAAAGGCAUGAGCAUUUGGUCUCUGAAAACUUUUAACUGUCCUGUAAUAAAUAUCCCGACCCACUGGCUUUAUGCUGUACUCAGGUAAUGCUCUAAAAUAUUGUAAAACAUGUACAUGUCUUCUACUGUAGCUUUGGUGCUGUUGUAAAUAUUUCUUCAUUUGCUUGUUGUAAAUAUGAGGUGACCAUGCUUGCAAAAUAAGAAUGCCUAAGCGAAUGUUUGUACAGUUUAAAGUU